GCACAAACUUUGCUAUGUGGGAAGAUAGAGUUCACGGUCUCCACUACACCGCCACGAACACUUCUUCUACUAGUACUACUACUGGUGCGACGAUACUCGGAGGCGACACCGCAACCGGUCUCUUACACAACCCCACCACUAUUCUCCCAUGGGCGGUAAACCCUAGCGCCUACUCUCUUCCUUAUCAUGCUCCCUUCAACGGCGACUUUUACCAGCCCGAGAGGAAUUUUCCGGCGUUGGGCGCGUCGACGGAUCAAGCAGAUCUGUCGGGCCUGCACAUCGGCUCGUCGACGGAGAGACUCCUGCACGGGAAAGCAGGGGGGUUGGCGUCGACGAUGUCGAUCUUCGGGAGCCUCCACGCGGAGUUCGGCAAGAUGAGCGCCAAGGAGAUCAUGGACGCCAAGGCGCUCGCCGCCUCCAAGAGUCACAGCGAGGCCGAGCGCAGGCGCCGCCAGCGCAUCAACGGCCAUCUCGCCAAGCUGCGCAGCUUGCUUCCUAACACCACCAAGACGGAUAAGGCGUCGCUGCUGGCGGAGGUGAUAGAGCACGUGAAGGAGCUGAAGCGGCAGACGACGGCGAUCACGGCGGAGGGCGGCACGCUGCUGCUGCCGACGGAGGCGGACGAGCUGACGGUCGACGCGGCAGGCAGCGACGAGGACGGGCGGCUGGUGGUGCGGGCGUCGCUGUGCUGCGACGACCGCUCCGACCUCAUCCCCGACCUCGCGCGGGCCCUCAAGUCGCUCAAGCUCCGCGCCCGCCGCGCCGAGAUCGCCACCCUCGGCGGCCGCGUCAAGAACGUCUUCAUCAUCACGGCCCACGACGACGCCUGCCAUAGCGACUGCGUCGCCUCCAUCCAAGAAACGCUUCGCGCCGUCAUGGACAAAAAAACUGCCACCAGCGACACGUCAUCGUCCAGCAGCGGAAUCAAGCGGCAGCGGACGAACCGCGUAGAUGAGCAACAAGGUUCUAUCUAAUUAACUAAUUUCUAUAUAUUCUCUUACCAUCUUGGGUACGUGCUUAAUUAGAUUUUUAUCUGCAUGGUGUUGGAGUGUUGUGGUGUAUGUGUGUGCGUGGGCGGUGCAUAUAUGUGUGCACUUUUAACAAGAGGGAGAAUUUUAUGUAUCCCUUUGUUGUUGGGUGGUUUGCAUGGGGAUGAGCUAGGAAGGGCUUUGAGUGGUGUUUCUAGGGACAAGGUUUGGGUUGUGAAAAAUAAGCGGAUCUGAUUAUAUCAAUGGGAGAAGAUAAGUUGGGUUUGUGGCUUUAAA